AUGGCGAAGCGACUGCCACGAGGGGACGCGGCGGUGGUGGCUGGCAGCGGCCAGCGUCCGUCUGCAGAGGGCGCCACACCACACGCCAGCUCUCGUUUGCAAACAGCGCGCGUCAACAAACACGCCGCGGCGCUGACUCCCCGCCACGGCCGUGUCCCGCCACGCCAGGUAUUUUUGGACAUCCCUCGCGGCGCGGCAGCUGGGCCGAGCUUUGUAGCGCGGACACGGGGAAGGCCCCCGGCCAUUGAGGGUGCGGGCUACUGUCGCCGUGUCUGCGCCGCCGUCGCAGUCGCUGCUGCUGCGGCCGCGCAAGAAAAACCCGACGACGAGGAGGAGGCUGGGGGCUGCAGCUCGGGGAUUACGGCGGCCGCACCUGAACAAACCCGCAGCUGGCCGCGGGCAGCCGCCGCCGCCGCCGCCCACGAGCGGCGCUGCGAUCGCCCGGCCGACCCCCCUACCGCACCCUGGCUGUCACUCAGCGCCCUUUCUGCCCUCCGUACGAGACGCGAGUCUGACCAGGAGGCCGCCCUCGGAGGUCACCGUCUCCCCCUGGAGAGUGCGGCGGCCCCUGGGGCGUCCGGCCCGGCGCUGGCCAGGUCUGGAAGACGGCACGGGACGGGCGUGGGUGGACGGCCGGGCUUUUUGUGUGAGCGCAGAGGGCGCGCGCUGUCAGCGAGCGCCUCGCCCAGCGCCCGGGGACUUUUUGUGGGCGAGCGGCCGCGGUUGGCGAGGAGCGAGGAGCGAGCCUGCGCACCGACGGCUAUUUUCGUGCAUCGGAAUUAA